AUGCUUCGAAACUUUACUAAAUUGGUGCAAAUUCAAAAAGCUAAAUUCGCUUCUGCUGCAGCCCCUGCACCUCAAACUAAGCCAGAAAUUUUAUAUACUGGGUUGUUCAUUAACAAUGAAUGGGUAAAAUCUUCUGAUGGUAAAGCUUUUAAAACUGAAAAUCCAGCCACUGAGGAAGUCAUUGCUGAAGUACAGCAGGCAGGCAAAGCAGAUGUGGAUAAAGCUGUAAAGGCAGCCAAAGAUGCUUUCAAGUUUGGAUCCCCAUGGAGGAGGAUGGAUGCUUCAGAGAGGGGUUACUUGAUCAACAAAUUGGCUGACCUCAUUGACAGAGAUAGAGUAUACUUGGCUAGCCUGGAGACCCUGGACAACGGCAAACCGUACACCGCCGCGUACUAUGGCGACGUUGCCGCUCUGUCGAAGAUCCUGCGCUACUACGCCGGCUGGGCGGACAAGAACCACGGUUACGUGCUGCCUGCCGACGGCAACUACUUCGCGUACACUCGCCACGAGCCCGUCGGUAUCUGCGGUCAGAUCAUCCCUUGGAACUUCCCGCUCCUGAUGGCCGGCUGGAAACUCGGACCUGCCCUCGCCACUGGCAACACCUUGAUCCUGAAGCCGGCAGAGCAGACGCCGCUCACCGCUCUAUACGUGGCCCAACUAGUCAAGGAAGCCGGUUUCCCGCCGGGCGUAGUCAACGUGUUGCCUGGCUAUGGCGACACUGGCGCCGCCAUCGUCGACCAUCCGGAUGUCGAUAAGAUCGCUUUUACGGGGUCCACGGAGGUGGGCAAGGCGAUCCAGCGCGGCGCGGCCGGCACCGUGAAGCGGCUGACGCUGGAGCUGGGCGGGAAGUCGCCCAACGUGGUGCUCGCCGACGCCGACCUGGACUACGCGGUGGAGAAGGCGCACAUGGCGGUCUUCUACAACAUGGGCCAGUGCUGCUGCGCAGGCAGCCGCACGUACGUCGAGGCGCCGAUCUACGACAAGUUCCUGGAGCUGAGCGCGGAGCGGGCGAAGCGGCGAGUGGUGGGCGACCCGUUCGACGCGGCCACCGAGCAGGGGCCGCAGGUGGAUGCGGAGCAGAGGGCGCAGGUGCUGCGCUUCAUCGAGAGCGGGCGGCAGCAGGGGGCGCGGCUGGUGGCAGGGGGCGGGCCGGCCGGCGCCAGGGGACACUUCGUCCAGCCGACCGUGUUCGGCGACGUGCGCGACCACAUGGAGAUCGCGCGCCGCGAGAUCUUCGGGCCCGUGCAGCAGAUCAUGCGCUUCGAGCGGCUCGACGAGCUGCUCGAGCGCGCCAACGACUCAAACUACGGCCUCGCCGCCGCCGUCUUCACCCGCGACCUGGACAAGGCCAACCACCUCAUACAGGGCCUGCGCGCCGGCACCGUGUGGGUGAACGACUACAACGUGUUCGGCAGCCAAGUGCCGUUCGGCGGCUACAAGGAGUCCGGCCUGGGGCGAGAGAACGGGCCCUACGGCAUCAGCAACUACACGGAGGUCAAGGCGGUCGUCGUCAAGCUCACCGAGAAGAACUCG